AAAUCAACUCCAUUUAGCAUUCAUCAUUCAUAGGAUAUGAUAUGGUGGCUAGCAAAGGAUGGACAGGGCGAAGUAUUUUCGAAUUAUUGGCGGGAAUCUAGCGCAGCCUCGCCUCUAUUAUGUCUGUCUAACGGGGCCAAGUCGAGUUCUGGUCCGCAGCCACUCACUCAGCGCGCAUUGGUUAUUUAUGCUUGAAGCUUCCCGGCAUUCGUCCACCCAGCGCCACUCACUUGCAGCGAUUCGGCCCUGUCCAGUGUCCACUACUAACUUACUACCGUCACUACUGUCCAUGCGCUCGCUGGCUCUGGUCUUGGUCUGGUCCUUGCGCAUCAUCCCAUCGUCGUCGUCCCUUUUUCCCCGAACCAGCUCUCCCCGACACCCAAAUCUACCACAAUUCUUCCAACUUCUCCCCAGGCAACCGCUGGCCCUAGGCUAUCUUGGUCUCUCCGCUGCCGCUUGACAAUUCACCUCCCGCUGCUGACGCAGCCUUUGGUUCUGUGCUUUUUCCCUGUGCCUCAUUGAGUCAUUCUUGUUGUUGGGCUGCCGUCGUCGCUGCUGCCUUGAUGCUCGCGGACGCCAGACAGACAUACAUAUAAAGAGAAUAGGUGCGUUCGCGUGGAAAUUUCUCAGGAAAUUCAGUUUCCUAUUUAUUGGCUCACGGCAUCCUGCCGCAUUCCUCCACCUCAUCUGCUACUUCUUGGGUGAUUCCGGAAGUUGUUUGCUGUUGUCGUUCUAUCUAUCUAUCCAUCUCCUUAGCUACAUUUGUCUCUUCUUCUUCACCGCUCUCUUCCGCAAGUAUAUAUAUAUAUAUUAAGGUUAGAUCCUCCGCCAACAAAUGACUACAUUAAACUGUCAGAUUUCC